CCACACUUUCCACAAAAAAGUUGUUUACAUUUUGCUCUCCAGCGGAAACCCAAAAGUGAUUUUUUUGCAAAUUUCCCCACAAAAUUGUGCUUGAUUUAGCGAGAGAUAGAAGAAAUUGAUUAACUAGGUAUUAAGAUAGUAAAAUAACAAAAUAGAUUAGAAAAAUUCUAGUCAGUACUCAAAUGAAAAUCACGUGAAAAUGGAGCUGUUGUAUGAUUCAAAGAUUUGUCGUUUGUGUGGGGAAAAUAAUGCAAUUGGAUAUGAAUUAUUUGGUCAGGGAGAUGCUCAAAUAUCCUCACGAGUUAGUGGUUUGAUAAAUCACUACCUUCCGGUGAAAGUAAAGAAUGAUGGGAAAUUCCCACGAUGGAUCUGUCCAGGAUGCAAUAUACAAGUUGAAGCAACUGUGGAAUUUUUUGAUCUCAUAAUUCGUGGGCAGGAGAAAUUGCGGGAGCUCUAUCGAGAAGAAUUGGCUAAUCAGGAACAGCAUGAGAGUUCUCUGGAGAUUGCUCCUGCUACUGAUCCGGAGCUUCCAGAGGAGACUGGUCUAUUCCCAUCUAGUCAUACAUUAUCCCUACAAGUGCAGGGUGUUGAGAAACCCCGAAAGAAGCGUGGGAGACCCCCAAAACCCCCACAGGAUGUCCUUGAGGCGCAACGUCUCAGAGCCGAAGCAGAAUAUCUAGCAGAGCAACGUCGAAAGGAAGCUCAGGAGCUGAAAGAGCAGGAAGAGAGCAAUGGCAGACGGAAGAGACGCGUUAAAAUUCCUGAACGUUUCCGGAGUGUGGUGCAGGGGAAGGAACUCGAAAAGGUCUACGUGGCACAGGGAGUUAUCGACAAGACAGACAUUUCCGACACUGACGAGGGGGCUGCUGUAUCCAUAAUUGAGAAUACCACUGAUGAUGGGCGAGGAAGUCAAGUAAUUGGGCAUCUCAAGUCCGCCGAUGGAGCCGUUCUCAGUGAUUUGGUUGUGACGCAAAAGACAGAAUUUCACCGGAAGGGACGCGUGGCGAGGCUCAAGAUGCGCUUUGUCUGUGAUGUUUGCAGUAAAACCUUCUCGCACGAAUUGAGAUUCCUCACGCACAGAGCAACGCAUCAGAAUGUGCGGUAUGAGUGCACAGAGUGCCUCCAGAGAUUCCUCACGAAGGAACUCCUGAAGGAGCAUCACGCAACAUCCGGGCACAAUGGUCAGGGAAUCGUUGAGAGUGUUGAGACUUCCACGGAACAUUCAGGGCAGGAUUCAAAUGCAAUUGAUGCCGCACGAGCUCUUUAUGAUCUGCAACAGGAUACAAUGAUCCAAAGAGGAGGUGUAGCAGAUGGUAGUGGUGAUGGUCCUGCUGCUGUCAAGGGAGGAGGUGAUCCUUUGGGUACGGAGAUGGCACAAAUUGCAGAGAUUGCGGAUAAUUUCAUGAAUAUCCCUGGACUGGAAGAGGGUGAAGAGGGAACCUUUGAGGGGGACAUACUCGCCGGCUACAACAUGUCACAGCCAGAUGCAACAGUUGAGACGCAAGCAACGUUCGUGGCAACGAAGAAAUUCAUCUGUAGCCUGUGCAAGAUGGCUUUCACCUUCAUGCACGAGCUACGUGUUCACAUGGAGAGUCAUCGUGUCCCGCAGAAUUUUCACUGCAACGUGUGCCAGAGGCGAUUCAAUGAUCCCUCCGUGGUGGCACUGCACAAGAUGGCAGAGCACAGCAAUGCACGACGUUUUGCAUGCAACAGGUGCGACAAGCACUUUAUGCUGAAGAAUCAAUUGCAACGUCAUCAGAAUGUUCACAUUGUGGUGCGCCCCUUUGAGUGCGGUGUGUGCAAGAAGCGCUUCAAGACACGUCCACAGCUCCAGUACCAUGCGAUGUGUCAUUCACAGGAGAAGCGCUACGGGUGCGAUGUGUGUGGGCAGAGAUUCUUCUACAGUGGCACGCUGAAGCAUCACUACAAACGCCACACGGGACAUCGUCCCUACAAGUGCACCCACUGUGGGAAAUCCUUCCUGCAGGAGAGUAUCCUCCGGGAGCAUGUGCGCAUACACACGGGUGAGAGACCCUACAAAUGCGGUCACUGCGAAAUGGCCUUCAAGACGGCAACACAGUGCCGAAUGCACACACAACGGCACACCAAUGAGCGUCCCUGGGCGUGUGAUUUGUGCGGCAAGGCCUUCCUCAAGUUGGAAUCCUACAAGAUUCACAUGCGUCGCCAUCGGAAUGAGAAGAUCUUCGUGUGUGAUGUGUGUCAGAGGGGAUUUGCUGAGCAGUAUGCACUGAAGAAGCACGUCCGGAUGCACACGGGAGAACGUCCUUUUCGCUGUGGGAAAUGUGGGAAGAGCUUUGCUGAUCGCUCAAAUAUGGUGAAACACAUUAAGCAGCUACACGCAGAAGAGGCAACUCCGGAUACUGCUGCAAGAGAUCAACCAAAUGAAGCACAAUCCGGAAGUGUGGAAGUAGGAGCUCCAAUUGUGUACCAAAUUGUACCAAAUCACACCAUUGACACGGCCCCAAUUAUCUUUGUAACACUCCCACGGAAGGAUCAACAUGGGAUGGGGGCAUAUGAGGUACAAGAUGCCUCGGUGGAGCAUUCAGCAGAAGAAGAAAUUCUAACAAUGCAGCAAAAUAUUGAGGAGGAUCCAACGAAUGAAAUCUUUCUGCAACUUGAUGCAGGUGAAGAUUACAGAUACCUUCUGACUGAUAAAUAAAAACAAAGAGAGCGAGUGAGAGAGGUCUAAUUUUCUUCAAAAA